UAACCAGUUAUUUUCCGCUAAUGUAAGAAACAAGAAUGGUAAUCGGUAAGCUAGCGUUUGUAACAGGCGCAGGUAGCGGUAUAGGCAGAGAAGUAUGCCGUACCUUGGCAGGGCAAGGAGCCAAAGUUAUUGCUGCCGAUCGAAACCUAAACAAUGCUCAAGAAACUGUUGCAUCUUUAAAUGAUUCCAAUCAUUUAGCAUUGAAUAUAGAUGUUGCAAAUGAACAAAGCGUUAAGGGGGCAUUUCAAAGUAUAAUAAGUAAAUAUUCAGUACCGCCAACUAUUAUCAUCAAUUCUGCAGGCAUUACGCGUGAUCAGUUCAUUUUAAAACUUACACAGGAUGAUUUUGAUCAAGUGUUGGAUGUAAAUUUAAGGGGAACAUUUUUUAUGAUCCAGACAGCAGUGAAAGAAAUGAUUGAUGGAAAUGUAAGCAAAGAUAGCUCGAUUGUUAAUUUAAGUUCAAUUAUUGGCAAAGUAGGAAACAUGGGUCAAGCUAAUUAUGCUGCAUCAAAAGCUGGUGUGAUAGCCCUUACAAGAACCGCUUGUUUAGAAUUUGGACAAUUUGGAGUCCGUGUCAAUACAGUGCUGCCUGGUUUCAUACAAACCCCCAUGACAGAAACGGUACCCGAUAACGUAAAAGGAAUGUUUAUAAAAAAAAUACCUCUUCGUAGAAUGGGAAAGCCGGAAGAAGUAGCAGAAGUUAUUGUAUUUUUAGCAUCUAGUAAAAGUUCCUAUAUCAAUGGUGCUUCCAUCGAGGUCACAGGGGGAAUGACCUGAAUUAGAUAGUAUUUUAAUAUAUACGUAUGUUUUUAUAUACAUGAAUUUGAUUAUAAGCGUGAUUUAUUUGUCUAAAAUAUAUAUUUAAAAAUAA